AUGAUGAAACACGAGCAACUCGAGACAGGAGGUGCUAGUACUUCUAAGGUCCCGGUUCGUGUUGGGUCUAACAAAGGGGUUUCGCUAAUGGACCUCAUUCUACGCAUUCUUGCUGUUGUGGGUACAUUGGCUAGCUCCAUUUCCAUGGGAACCACAGAACAAACUUUACCUUUUUUCACUCGUUUUGUUCGCUUCAACGCUCAAUAUGAUGAUUUUCCAUCUUUCAGGUUGUUUGUGAUUGUGAAUGCGAUAGUUUGUGCAUAUUUAGUUCUGACUAUCCCAUUGUCGAUCGUUCACAUCAUCAGGAGUGCAGAAAGGGGCACUAGAAUUCUCCUAGUAAUCCUUGACACGGUGAUGUUGGGUCUUUUGACGUCUGGAGCAUCUGCAGCUACAUCAAUGGUGUAUUUGGCUCAUAAUGGUAACAACUCUGCAAAUUGGCUGGCGGUGUGUCAACAAUACAAAAGCUUCUGUCGACGUGCAUCAGGAUCACUUAUUGGAUCGUAUGGUGCGAUAGUUGUGUUUAUACUACUAAUCUUGCUUGCAGCCAUUGCAUUAUCAAGACAAAGGAAGCAUACAAUUUUGAUUUGA